AUCAGGUUUUCUACAAACAUGUCUAAAGCCCAACAGCUGAGGGACAGGCUGAAACAACUGCUGACAGUUGCUGAUGAAGAAGUAUUUGAGUUGUUAGAAGGAUUGACCACAGACUAUGAAGAAGAAAUUCAUCGUUUAAAAGAAGAGAACAAAGGACCAACGGUUCUGGAAGCUGUUUUUAAUCCUCGGGUUCGCUUGUACAAAGCAGACAUUCAGCCGUUGGUGGUGAUUAAAAAAGAAACUCUCCCUGAACACCAGGAAUGGAAUCUGUAUGUUGACCAGGAGGACAUUAAAGAAGAGAAGCUGUGGAUAAGUCAGCAGGGAGAGCAGCUUCAGCAGCUGGAGGAGGCAAAUCUCACCAAGUUUGGUUUCAAUGCCGUCCUUAGAAAACUAUUUAGCUGUUCUGAUCAGCGUAAAAGACAGAAACAAAAGGGCAAUCUGAACAAAAACAUUAGAAUUCAGACAGGACAAACACCAUUUGUCUGUUCUGAGUGUGGUCAAAGAUUUGGAAGAAAGGGACACCUGAAAAUUCACAUGAUAAUUCAUACAGGGCAAAAACCAUUUGUCUGUUCUGAGUGUGGUCAAAGAUUUGGACAGAAGAGAAGCCUGAACACACACAUGAUAAUUCAUACAGGGCAAAAACCAUUUGUCUGUUCUGAGUGUGGUCAAAGAUUUGUACAAAGGAGCAGCCUGAACACACACAUGUUAAUUCAUACAGGGCAAAAACCAUUUGUCUGUUCUGAGUGUGGUCAUAGAUUUAGGCAAAAUCGCUACCUGAAGAGACACAUGAUAAUUCAUACAGGACAAAAACCAUUCAUCUGUUCCGAGUGUGGUCAACGAUUUGGACGAAAGAGCCACCUGAUCAGACACAUGAUAAUUCAUACAGGACAAAAAGCAUUCAUCUGUUCCGAGUGUGGUCAACGAUUUGGACGAAAGUGCAACCUGAAAACACACAUGAUAAUUCAUACAGGGGAAAAAGCAUUUGUCUGUUCCGAGUGUGGUCAAGCAUUUGGACAAAAGAGCAACCUGCGCACACACAUGAUAACUCAUACAGGGGAAAAACUAUUUGUUUGUUCUGAGUGUGGAAAAAGAUUUGGAUUAAACAGCCAGCUGAACGUUCACAUGAUAGUUCAUACAAGGCAGAAACCAUUUAUGUGUUCUGAGUGUGGUCAAAGAUUUGGACAGAAGAGAAGCCUGAACACACACAUGAUAAUUCAUACAGGGCAAAAACAACAGUCUCACGACUGCAACAAAAGUUUCAAGACAGACCAGAGAACAAUACAGCAAAAGAGAAGGAAAACAUCGAGUGGAAAGAUGAAAACGGCACAAGAGUCAGACGAUUCCAAGAAGAACUCGAAAAGGAAUACAUUGACAAACUUGGAUCAAUGCAGUGGCUAAAAAUGGAGAACUUGGUUUUCAUGGAGAAAGAAUUCUGAUUGGAGCACAAGAUCAGGGACUUCUAACAAAUGGCUUCAAAAAAAUGGCAGAGAUCUCAAAAAAUGAUAAAUGCUGAUUCUGUCAUACAGCUGUUGAGAGUGUAAACCAUCUAACUUCAGCAUGCCAGAUCCUCAUGGCAGAUGGACAUUAUACAUCCAGACACAAGACCUGUCAAUAUGUCCACUGGAAGGUAUGCAAGGAACUGGAGAUGGAAGUCAAAGAACACGUCUGGGAGCAUGAGCCAGCACCAGUCUCAUCCAACGGAAAGUAACAAUCAAACCUGAUAUUGUCAUCUGGAACAAGCAAGAGAUAACAGCCAAAAUCAUCUAUGUGACACUCCCCAAUGACUACUGCCUGAAUCAAUCGGAAAGGGGAAAGAUCUCGAAAUACCAAGACCUGAAAAAUGACCUACGAACAACAUGGUCAUUGAAAGACUUAGAUAUCAUCCCAGUUGUGGUGGGGGCAACAGGCCUGAUGAAGAAGAAUCUGAAGAAAUACCUUAAGGCAAUUUCCGGUCACCCAAGCGCACAUGAGGUGCAGUUGUCUGCAAUUAAGGGAACAAUCACCAUCUUGAAGAGAGCCCUCGGAUACAAUGCCAGUUCUGGUUAGGAUAACUAUAGAGCCUACGGUGCAACUUUAGACCCCAGGUUUGGGGCCCACUGCAUUCUAUUAAAAAGACAUCAAAGAUAAAUGAAAAAACAAAGGGCAAAAACCAUUUGUUUGUUCUGAGUGUGGUCAAAGAUUUAGAGGAAAAUGGCCACCUGAAGACACAAAUGAUAAUUCAUUGGAGUUCCUACUGGACACAAGCCUCGAGUGUCCUCUGUCCCACCGUGAAGGGGUUUGCCAGGAGAGAUCUUGGUAGGAGGAUGUUUCAAAAGAAACAAACCCCAGCUAAAACCUCCACAAAGUGCCUAGGCACCAGGGCAGAUGAAGAAAAUGGUGCAACUUCUCCCAUUGCUGCUGGGAGACAUCUCCUCUGUAGCAGCACUCAGCUGGGUCAUCCACCAGAUCAGCGGUGUCAUCUACCAGAUAGUUCUGAUCCUGGACCCCAACAACAACACCAUCAAUGGGCUAAAAGAAUCCAGUGAAACU